CAAACACGGAAGUGAUGUAGCUGCUAACCUAAAGUAACGUAGGCAUGUGAACCAUGGCUCACUGGAUAAGUCAACAUUUUAUAUAUCGUGACCGCGUGCUUUAAACAAGAAGAUACACAGAAGUAAAAAAAAAAAUAAAAUAAAAUAAAAAUGAAUUUCGCAAACCUGUUCACGAGACUUCCUGCUGUCAAUGAGGAUACGAAGAAUCCUGGUCAACCAAACUGGACGCACCGGAACGGGAAUGGUUCAAGAGGCAGAGGCAGAAAGAGGAAGACGGAUGGUGAGCAGACGGGCUCUCAUCACAAGAAGCAUUGUUAUCCAUCCCAGGGUAACACUCCUUAUGACACCUUCAAAGGCGAUGCCGCCAACACAAUACCUCACCAUGUGCAGAGCACCGAAGGCGAACAUGCACCUGUUGGCUACACCAACACAGCCAUUAAUAAUCACAGCAACAAACCUGACCACAAAAGCAAAUGCUUCAAAGGCCAGAAGUCUAAAACUAAAAAGAACUUUAAUGUGAACAACCAACAACGACAACAGCAAAAGAAAAUGGAGGGACAGAACAAUCAGCGUGAAGGAAAUGACAGAGGGAGACGUCUCAGAGGACCGAUGUCGGGGAAAGGUGGACGAGGCGCCAAAAACGAAAAUGCCAAACGGAGCUUUCAAGGGAAAUCCAAAAGGUUCAUGACCGAAGAGUUCAAGGAACAGAAUGCUUUGUUGGUGGACGGACGGUUACUUUGCCGACAUUUCCUUUGGGGACGGUGCAUUAAGGAGGACGACUGCCAACUGGAGCACAUUCAGAGUUAUAACAAUCUCAUCAAAGAAAUAUGCAAAUUCUACGUCCAAGGAUUCUGCUCAAAAGGAGAGACCUGCCCGUACAUGCACAAGUCUUUUCCCUGUAAGUUCUUCCACAGAAGAGGAAACUGUUCUCAGGGAGAAGACUGCAAGUUUUCCCACGAGCCGCUUGACGACGUCACUAAAAGACUGUUGGAUGAGGCGUUGAAACGGGAGAGUGACCUCAUUGAAAUGGCAAAGAAAGCCGAACGGGAGUCGUCUGGUCAGCCUGAAAACACGGACCAAUCGGAAGCUGUUGAAGCGGACAGCCUCCCUGAUAUAUUGGUGCAGCCACUCAGGACAAAUUUUUACAACAGCACUGAAACAAAGGAGGAGAAGGAAACUUUGUCGCUUCAGACUGAAGAACCGUCUGACAUCACGGAUGAAGCUGCUCGACCAGACGCGUCGGAUGCUGCUCGACCUCACAGCCCUACAUCAACCGACUGCCACCACAAGGAGCCAGUGUGUUAUUCGGUGGAGGCCGUGCUCGGACCUCAGCUGUUCAGACCGUUCCCUAGUUUAUUCACGCCUCCUGGAAGUCAAGAAUCCGCAUCCCACUCUGUGCCGCAAACCGUGUCUGAGGACGCCGUGGGUUCUGCAAACCAAACUGAAGCUCCUUACUCUGUUGAUGCUGUGCUCAGGUCUUUUAAAUCAGUGGAAAGUUUCACCUUUGGUGAUAGAACUACAUCUCCAACUGUAAAACAUAUAUCCUAUUCCCCAAGCACUCAUCCUGAUCCCGGGCGGAGAUCGGAUCACCAAAAUGAGACGUUCUUAUCAAACACCAACGACGACGCAGACAAAUCCCAGGAGAAAAAGUUGCGUAGCACGUCGUUCCUACCCCAGAGGAAACGGGGUAGAGAUAUGACCGUGCCCCUGAAAGUUGCUCAAAGACCUUCUCAUGCGUUGCUGUACUCUGCUGACGCAGGAAAGUCUGCAUCCUCCAAAGACACAGAAGAUACGAAACAAAGCAUGCACCUCCCUACAGACUUGACUCGAUCCGUAAACUAUGGGAACCAGACACGUGCUCCCAAACAGCUGAACUCUUGUUUCCCUAGUCAGACAUUUGAAUCCCAGUCUUCAAUAAAGCCCUUCUCUGCCCCUUUAGGUCCCGCUAAGUCUAAAUAUGGACCUGUUAUUCCUGUUGAACCUGUCCCUACCUCCAUUAAGACAAGUGUCUGUGCCAGUUCUGAAGCAAAAGAACUCGCUGCGCUUUCCAAAAAUACACAAUCUGGCCUCAAAGUUGGCACUCCACAACAGCAUUCUGCUAAAAUUACCCAAGACAGCAGCAGCAAAACUGCAAAUCUUAGUGAGUUGUCUGCUGCAUGCAAGAACAUUCCGAAUAGACCUUUUUAUAGCCUUUUUGCAAAUCCCAUUAAUGACAGUUUGACACCAAAAACAGAGUCUGUGACAGUCCCAGCUUGUCCUCAAGGUUUCGUAAGGGAAGAUACACCUGUUAAAUCAGCAGCUGAACCCGACAAAACCUCUUCCUCUUCCUUUCUCGGCCUUUUUGCAACGCCUCCUAUUGCUUCGCUCUCACGCUUGCGGUCUCAACCAGAUUAUUCCAGGACUCCUCAAAGUGGACAGCGGUCGACUAAUAAAGCUUUUCAUUCAUCCGACUCCAAACAAAGAGCUUCUAAUACGGGGUCACCUCUCCCGGGCCGGACAAGAACUGACGUCGCACAAAAGUCUCCUGAAUUCUCCUCUGGCCCCGAGAGCAAAACUGUAAACCAACCCACCGAGCAGCUGGUUGAGCCCGUCGGUGCCCCUGUGUCUGAUUUCACCGGUCCAGACUCUCGAUGUCCAACUUCAUCUCCAGCCCAGGCGACUCCGCAGCGUCCGGACGCGUCAUCCCUCAGCGGAUCCGCCGCACACUCGGUUCUGAAAACCCUCUUUCUGUGCCUGAGUCCAUACCAAGAGGACGGAGAGCGUUCUCAGAUCAGCGUUCCUUCAGAAAGUGAAAAGAAAGCUGAAUGCAGAAUGUGGUGUGUCUUUGGGGAGAAAGGCAAGAGCAAAAAAAAGAAUAGAAGAAAGAGGAAGAAUAAGAUUGAAGGGUCCCACAGAGAGUCCACCGAGAGAGCGUCUGCACAAUCAUCCUGAGCAGCAGCCCCUCAAAUAUCCACAAUAAUGAUAAUAACAACAAGGCCGACUCUGUCGAUGCAGCAUCGCACUCAACCGAGACGGACACACACCACAGGAAGGAAAGACUGUAAACAGGAGAGUGGCGAACGUCCAGUUUUCAACAACAUGGGACAUUAAAAUUGGAGUCGGUGUGAUGAAUCAGGAUAAUAAUCAUGUAUGCAAAAAAAAAAAAAAAACAACUAAAAAGAAAACUGUGUGUUAGUGUUUUUAAAUCACAUGGAUAUAUUAAACAAGCUUAUGUAGUUUUUGAAAACUAUCACUAGUGGAGUAUAAUGUUUGGUUGAUUUUCUCUCGCCUUAUGGUCAGUCAUGGUAUCCAUGUUAUGCAAGGCACACAUAUUUUAUGUAUUAACACUUAUUUUAUUUUUUUUUCAUUUAGUUUUAGACUAAAACAUUGUGCACUUUUCUGGAAAAUACUUCAUAAUGGUGAACAAUGUGUAUUUUCUGUUUUUAAAUGAUGUCCCUAUCUGUCUGGUGCUGCAGACAUUUGAGGGGGAGGAGCCGCAGAAAUAAACAUGGCAUGAAUUAUC